AUAUCCGGUAUCAAUCGAGGAAAGUCGAGAAAAUCGCGGUCGGGGACAAACAAGCAAGUUUAAUUUUUUUUCAGCUGAUAACAUGGCAGUUGCUGUCUGAAAUACACCACACCCUGUCAUGUUCAUCACCGUGGGCUACCUCAUUCUUGCCGCCUAUCAAUGGUACAGAGACAGACUACGCCACUCCAUGAUCCACCGAUGCAUUUCAGCCUCUCUUCGAGUUGGAAGUGUUGUGGUUCAAAAAGUGAGCACAUCAAAUCAAAACAAUGUGAAGCUGUCCCUCAGCUGUUCCAAGCUUGUAGAAAAGGUGGAUAAUUUGCUUGUUACAGAGGUUUACAAUGAUGAGGAUAUCUCUGUCUCACAAACUGUACCCAAGGUUUGCGUAAACUUGGAGAAAUGGACAGCGUACUAUCAAGAUAUCAGUCACGCUCAGCUGACCGCUCGAGAUAAGGAGGUCACGGUUCUCCUGGAGUCUAUCCGUCCGGCUGAUCUUGAGACGUUUGCUGAGGAACAGGUGCAUGUGUCCUCAAAAAAGUCAUUCCAUAUACUUGAUCAUGGUCAUCCGCUGGCUUGGAACACAGGUCCACCAUUUGGGAUUGUGAUGCAGUGUUCUGAACUGGACUUUCUAGCUCUCUGUUUAUCCUUCAUGGAUAAUUGUAUUAUUAUGGAAGAAGAUCUACAAGUGAAUAAAAUUAUCAGUGUUCAAACAUCAGGGAAGGCGGCCAGCUUGGUUAAUCUUGACCUCAGAGAGAUUCAGGCCUUGGAGGACACGAGUAGCCAGUGGUCAAAUGAGUCGUUAGCCGACACGGCCAGUCUGGUCAAUCAUGACGUGCUAGAGAGCUCCAGCCAAGACUGGGAAGGGUUGGAGGCAGAGAAUGGGAUAGACAUGGACAACUCAGAAGAUAUGGACAUUGUGAUGGCAGAAAGUGGGUCAGGGGAAGCCAUGUUUGACCCAGAUAAUCUCAAUGUAGUCCCACCCACAGCCUUGAAGUCUUCUAAACCCCCUAACAUCGUGGUGUAUUGUGGGAAGAAGGAUGCCAGUAGGAAAUUUCAGAAUCUGAAGCAGGUUUUAGAGCAGUGUGUGCAUAAUGACUGUUAUGUUAUUUAUCAUCUGAAGCAUGAGGAGGUUCACACAGUGCCUUGGGCCGAAAACACGGCUCUGCUGGUACUGACGGAGGAGAACUUGUACGACCAAAAUGACGACAUCAUUUGUCGCUAUUUUGAAAGGGGCGGCAGGCUGAUCAGCUUUGGUAGUAACGUGGAUGCGAAUUUUGUACCUAGAAGAGAACUGCACAAGGGAACAGGGAUAAGGAAUGUGAGCUAUGGAAAAAUUCAAAACGUGCCUUUGUUAUGUGGGCGGUACUCGUACAUGAUUGACAGGACUAGAACGGACAUAACUGUGGAUGUAUUGGCUACCGAUGACAAAGAGCAGACAUUAGCUGUGGAGGUUACACAGAAUGUUCCAGAACAAAUUCCUGGCAAAGCUAUACUGUCUCAGGUGUUGCUAGAUCAGGAUCCGACAGAUGUAGCCCUGACCCAGGACUCGUUUAACCAGUUGAAAAAGUCAAAUCCUGCCCGGUUUGAAAUUCUAACCCUCAUGUUAACAGGAAUGGGAAUCCAUUGUGAACAUGUGACCCAACCUGACCUUUCACCUUGUUUUCUACUGGCUAAUGACCAAGUAAACAAAGUUAGACUGUUGAACAAAAUUGCGCAGCGACUUAAAAAUGGUAUACUGAAGUCGGCCAAUGUCAGCCUGCAGUUUAUUCCUAAAUGGGUUCCCGAGGUCAAGGUCACAUCGACCCAACUUCCUGUUGUCACUGACAAAAUGGAGGAGUUGAAGUACUUCAAUAUAGAUGAAUACUGGGACAACUUGACAACAGUCAAGUUAGGAAAUGUUGUUCUCUAUACAGAUGUUGUCCCUUCAACCAUGUCAUUGCUAGAUGGCCUCCAGUUUUCUGAGCCGAAAACAGUUGGAUUGGUAGCCAUUGCUGGUAGACAAACUCAAGGACAAGGAAGAGGAGGUAACUCUUGGCUGAGCCCUGAAGGUUGUGCAAUGUUUUCCUUGCAUGUCAGGAUUGAGGGAGAAAAUUCAUUAGCACAGGCAGUGUCAUAUCUCCAACAUAUCACAUCCCUGGCUGUGGUAGAAAGUGUACGCACCCUUCCUGGAUAUCAGGACAUUGAUCUCCGUCUGAAAUGGCCGAACGACAUUUACUACAGCGACAAGAUGAAGCUGGGAGGAGUGGUGGUUAAGUCGUCCUACGUUAAUGGUGUUUGUGAUACCAUUAUAGGAUGUGGUUUUAAUGUCAGUAAUACAAAUCCUACAAUCUGUAUUAACGAUGUGAUCAAGUUGUUUAACAAGGAACAGAGCACGUCUCUUCCAUUGCUGUCUAAGGAGAAAUUAAUGGCGCGAACCAUUAACAUCAUAGAGGAAAUCGUUAACGAAUUUCAGAGGAAUGGACGGACGGAAUUCUGCAAAAAGUAUUAUCAAAGAUGGCUGCAUGGUGGCCAUAAGGUGCAGCUAGAAACAGAGGGGGACAAAGUCUUUACCGUUCAGGGAGUGGACGAGUAUGGCUACCUUAAAGUAACAUCAAACGAUGGACAGAUGAUCAGUGUUCAGCCAGACGGGAACAGCUACGACAUGAUGAGGAACCUGAUCCAUAUGAAAACUCACUAAACUAUGGUGAAAAUCAGUAUCUCAAAACUGAUAUCUCAAUUGGCAUGGAUUUAUCAAAUUGAUUUGAAAGUCCCAACCUCUUUUUCUUUACACAUUUUAACCUGGAUAUCUUGAAUACUCGGAUAUCUCAAA